UAAUGGUAUUUCGCGUAAAAAGCGUGUCCCGGUCCAAAACUUCUGGUUUUCUCUCUCGUCCCUUUAGUACAACAUCAUCUCCAAUUGGCAAUUACAAGUCCUGCCGUUUUCUUCCUAUUUUCGCUGAUCGAGAUGGCCCGACAUCGCGGCAUAGAUAAGAAGCAACAGAUCAGGGCUUGGGAUACAAGGAGUAUUGUCAUAUUUGUAUUUUUUAUUGCCUGCGUCGUUGGGAUUUUGACGAACCUUAAGGUUGCUAAGUCCGAGCCUGAAUUUGAACCUGAAUCUGAAGAAAAGAUUGUUGAACAAAUAUUAAGAUUGUUGCAUUCUAUUCCAAACGCAACAACGUCGAUUCCAACUCAAAAUUGUCACUUCGCAUCGUCGGAAGGAAUAAGGUCACACCAGGAGGAUCGAGUAACAUGUGACCUUAAUCUUAAGAUUCCUUUGUUUGGGCCUGACGGACUUGAAGAGGUGAGGGUUGGGGCGGUGGCAGUCUUUGAUGGUCAUAUUGGAUCGGCUGCUAGUGAGAUGGCUUCAAAUAUCUUUUUGGAUAAGUUUCUGCUUAAGCUCAGGAACAGUACUGAACAAUCUUCUAACUUGAAGGAAUUACUAAAAUCAUCAUUGGUAACAACUAUUGAGGAUAUUGAUGCAGAAUUCUCGGAGGUUGCUUUCAAAUAUCAUCUUUAUUCGGGAUCUACGGCAGUUGUUGCACUCAUAUAUAACAAUCAUGUUUUAGUUGCAAAUGUUGGCGAUUCAAAGGCUUUUCUUUGCUCUCAGAAAAAAAAAUCACACAAAGCUGGUGCUGCUUCUUUGGCUGGUCUUCUCGCCAAGGAGUUGACGAGAGAUCAUAAUGCACAUAGGUUGGACGAGAGGGCUAGGAUUGAAGCUUCUGGAGGUGUAUUAAAAUUUAUCCCUAAUUAUGUUCCUCUCCUCAUGGGCCACUUUCCCAUGACUCGAGCUAUUGGUGAUGUUCCUUUGAAAAGAUAUGGCGUCAUAGCUAAUCCAGAGAUGACUGAUUGGCUAUCUUUAACUUCAAAGGAUGAGUUUUUGGUGGUGGCAUCUGAUGGAAUAUCUGAAAGGUUAACUCCCCAGGAAGUCUGUGACUUUCUAAAUGAUGUAGAGGACCAUUCAGAUCCAUCAUUAUUGGCUCAACAACUUAUUCAGAAGGCAUUUUUAGAAGGCAGCAGCGAUAAUUUAUCAGUUGUUUUGGUUCCUUUGGGAUCAGGAUUCAGGGGACCUCCUGUGGACGAUUUAUCAGCUGUUUCUGGUUCCCUUGAGAUGUAGAGGAUUAGAAAAAUAUUAUAUCUAUGAAAAAGUUGGUAUCUACUGAAGACCAGCAUAGAAUUGUAAUGAAGACGUUUUGGACGGAAAUAGUUAGCACAAAAAACCGUGUUCAUAAAUUUUUGGGUGGACUUAUAUUAGAUAUACUUACUCCCACUAAACUUGUGGUAUAUACAAUAAUUAACAAGAUUUAUCUCGAAACCAAAUGAGACAAUAACUUGAUGAAAUUAGUAAUACUA